CGCAUGCGCCGUUAUUAAUCUCGCUCACCUCCAACAUGGCGGCGAGGGGCCAUGUGCAAGACCCUAACGACAGGAGACUGAGACCAAUUUACGAUUAUCUUGAUAAUGGCAAUAACAAGAUGGCCAUACAGCAGGCUGACAAGCUGCUCAAGAAGCACAGAGAUCUUCACUGUGCCAAAGUACUAAAGGCUAUCGGUCUGCAACGAACAGGGAAGCAAGAUGAAGCCUUCACUCUGGCCCAAGAGGUGGCCAGCCUGGAGCCCACGGAUGAUAACUCGCUCCAGGCUCUCACUAUUCUCUACAGAGAGAUGCACCGGCCGGAGUUAGUGACCAAGCUGUAUGAGGCUGCAGUCAAGAAGGUUCCUACAAGCGAAGAGUACCACUCGCAUCUCUUCAUGGCCUAUGCACGUGUUGGGGAGUACAAAAAAAUGCAGCAGGCUGGAAUGGCUCUUUAUAAGAUUGUUCCCAAAAACCCCUAUUACUUCUGGUCUGUUAUGAGCCUAGUGAUGCAGGCCAUCUCAGCCCAGGAUGAGAAGCUUUCCCACACCAUGUUUCUGCCUCUCGCUGAGCGCAUGGUGGAAAAGAUGGUCAAAGAGGAGAAGAUUGAGGCCGAAGCUGAGGUGCAGUUAUAUUUCAUGAUCUUGGAGCGUCUGGGGAAAUACAAUGAGGCGCUUGAAGUGGUGCGAGGGCAGCUCGGUGAGAAGCUCACUAGUGAGCUGCAGAGCCGGGAAAACAAGUGCAUGCUGCUGUAUCGCCAGCUAAAGCGCUGGCCUGAGUGCAACGCCCUGUCACGCAAACUUCUCCUCAAAAACCCUGAUGACUGGCAGUUCUACUUGUCAUACUUUGACUCUUUAUUCCACCUUAUCGACCAGAGCUGGACGCCUCCGGAGGAAGGAGACCAUUGUAUAGAGGGUGAAGUGCACUCUUCGGUGGCCCAGGCCAUCAGUUUUGUGGAGGAACGGAUAACAACGGAGGAUGGAAAGGAGUCCAGACCACUGCGGGGCCCUUAUCUUGCACGUCUAGAGCUCAUACAACGACUCCGCCAGAGGAGCUGCUCUCAGGAACAGCAGCUUGGUGAGCCUCUAGAGCUGAUGUCUCAGUACUUUGUAAAAUUCGGGGACAAACCAUGUUGUAUCACAGAUCUAAAGGUUUUUCUGGACCUUAUUGUACGGGACCAACAUGUCCAGUUCAUUAACAGGCUGAUGGAGGCGGUGCCCCUCGGGGCUGCGGGUGAGGCUGGCACAGCUUUUCCGGGAGACACGCGCUCACUCCAGAGGCACCUAUGUGUAACGCAGCUCGGCCGCUGCCUAGGCCUGCAGCACGCACUUAGUCCUGAUCGCAAGCUGGCACUCAUUCAUGAGCUCAAGCAGCAUUACCGCCAUGGCCUACAGUUCGGAAAGUCCUGUUUAAAAACUGAGCUACAGUUCUCAGACAUGUACUGCCUCAUGGCUGCUCACGUCUACAUAGAUCUCUGGAUAGAGACUGGCGAUGAGCACAUGCUGUGGCAAAGUCUGGGGCUGCUGGAGGAAGGUCUGUCCCACAGCUCCUCUAACGCGCAGUUCAAGCUGCUGCUUCUGCUCCUCUACUGCCGCCUGGGAGCCUUUGAGCCUGUAGUGGACCUUUACUCCAGCCUGGAUGCCAAACACAUUCAGCACGAUACCAUAGGAUACUUAUUGACUCGCUAUGCAGAGUCUUUGGGCCAAUUUGCUGCUGCUUCUCAGUCCUGUAACUUCUCCCUCAGGUUUUUCCAUUCAAACCAGAAAGAUACCUCAGAAUACAUUAUUCAGGCAUAUAAGUAUGGUGCGUUUGAGAAGAUCCCGGAGUUCAUUGCUUUUAGGAAUCGACUGAACAAUUCGUUGCACUUUGCCCAGGUGCGCACUGAGAGGAUGCUGCUGGACCUCUUCCUAGAAGCAGACAUAUCAUCCAAUUUAGAGGAAAGCUUGAAAUCCAUGUCUCUGUGUCCUGAAGAAGACGACAUUCCAUGGGACAACAUAAGGGACAACCGAGAUCUCGCCGUGUUUGUCAGCUGGAACCCAAAAGACCGACAGCUGACUGAAGAGGACAGGCAACGCUCUCUAGAAGAGGAGCUGCUGUGGCUGAAGAUCCGCUCUCUGACUCUUAGGCUGGUAGGCUGCCUCUCCUCACUGUGCCAUCCUCCGUCGCUGCACAACUCGGAGAAAACUGCCGAGAACGGCGUGUGUGCCAAACCCUCAACCCUGCAGCCGCUGCUUUCGCUGCUGGAGAGUGCACUCAGCCAGGCGGUCCAGUUCAACGAAAAACACUCACAGAAGCAGUACCCGUUGCUCGGUCCUCCCUCCACUCGGAUGCAGCAGGCUCUGGCCAGCGGGAGUUGCCAGUGUCAGCUGUCUGUCCUGCAGCUGCCGCUUCACCUACAGGAGCUUGAGGCUGCCGGUUUGGAUCAGUCAACAGAACUUCAGGCUCAAAUAUCAAAUCUCUUCAAAUCAUUAACAGUACAGCUUCAAGACAUGCUGAAUAAAUGCAAAGGCGAUCUGUUGGAAGUCCAGGACAACCGAUGUAAGACGCACCCUUCUCUAUUAGAAAGCCUAGUCUACUUUGUUGAGACGAUUUCUGUUGUCCUUUGGGUGUCUAGUUACUGUGCUAGCACGCUACGGCCACUCAAGUCUAGCUUACAGAAAAAGAAGAAAAAGAAAAAGGACACCAGCACCGUAACCCCUGUGGUGCUGUCUGGGUUCCAGGAGUUCACCAGCAGCUUGCAGAACAUCCUCAGCCAGGCUCUGGAUCAAAUUAAAGAUCAGGAGUGCAGUCUCACUGCUUUAAAGCUGGACAGUCUUUCUCUGGAGGGCUUCACACAGACUGAGGAGGAGAGCGCCUUCACCAAGACUGUAAUGGAUAAAGUGCAGAGCAGCUACCAGCGCUCUCUGCAGGAGGUCGGGGAGCUCCUGAGGAAACGAAGCGACACCCUGAAGUCCCUGAAGAUCUGAUCGUCAGCCCGUCUCACACAUCAGUUCCUGUCGUCCUUCAAGGCUCAUCCUUGUCUUUGCCCUGUUCUGACGCCACCUCUUCUCCACAGGCACACAAAACUCCUGACCGCUUCAGCACAACCAUGCGCCGUGCCCUGAGCCGCUGAUCAAGUUGGACCCCCAUGUCCUCAGAAUGCUAGAGAGCUACGUAGGCAAACCGAUAAGCAAUUUUAGAAGAGCUGCUCUAUAAAUUAUUGUACAUACGUGUGAAGACUCACUUGAACUUGAAAUUAAAGUGAACGGCUUUGA